AUGGUUUUCAAAGGGCAAAAGACAUCGGAUAAGGAACCAAUGCCAUCAAAAUUUAUAAAAGAAAUGCGAGCAAUAAUAUAUUACGCUGGUGCAUCAAUCGUACACGAAAAUGAAAAGCAUGAAUAUAUGCUUUUCAUGUAUGCAGGCAUGAACGAUAGAAUCUUCAAUAUGAAUAAAAGUGGAAAAAAAAGAAACAUUACAAUGUAUUCAAUAGAAAAUAUGAAAACAUUGUAA